AUGCAGAAAGCGGCCGGCAAAGUGGACUGGAACGACGUGGGCGUCUGCCGGACGUUGCGUAAAACCUACGGACUGGACUCGCGUCAAGCGCGCAUUUGCAAGUCUUGGCGUCCAGUCAUGCAGCACGUUUCCCGGGCCGCCGCGUUGGCCGUAGUCGCCUGUCAGUCGGUCUUGCAAAACAGACGGUGGAACUGUUCGUCGGUGCGGUCCGCGCCGGGACUCACGCCUACCACUGCUGCAGGCACGAAAGAACAGUCGUUCGCGUACGCGCUCAGCUCGGCCGCGCUGACAUACACAAUGACCAGGGACUGCGCGUCCGGAAUGUUGCCGAGCUGCGGGUGCGGCACUCAUCCGGAAGACACGGACGGCACGUUCAAGUGGAGCGGGUGCGACGACAAUGUCCGGUGGGGCGCCAAGUUCGCCAGACAGUUCGUGAAGAACGUAAACCCUUUGGCGGCGGUGGCGUCGGGCGAACACAAUAGCGACGAGGAUGUCGACGACGACCUGUCGGCCAACGCCAAUGAAGAUGCGGUACGGCGCGAACAGAGAGCCAUGUCUAUUGUCGACGAACACAAUUACAAAAUAGGCCGAAAAGUGGUCAUGUCAAGUGUGAAAACCCAUUGCAAAUGUCACGGCAUGUCGGGAUCGUGUAACUUGAAAACGUGUUGGAGAGGUUUGCCGAACAAAUUUAUUGGGGURGGCAUUAAGCUGUUGAAACUGUACAAUAAAACACCGUUGAAAGUGGAAAUGGUUCAAGUCAUUCGUUUCGGACUUCCAAAACACUCGGACAGUUCAUUAGUUUAUAUGACCGAAUCUUCAGAUUAUUGUAAUUAUGACCAGAGAUUAGGCAGUUCAGGAACAGUUGGCAGGAAGUGUAAUUCCACAACAAUUGGUACAGAAAAUUGUCUUUCCAUGUGCUGCGGCCGAGGCUACACUACGCAAAUUAUUGAACAGACUGAACGCUGUCAAUGCAAAUACCAUUGGUGCUGUUAUGUGAAUUGUCAAAACUGUACUAGCCUAGUAAAGAGGCAAAUAUGUAAUUAAUUGUAAUGAUUCAUAUAUAUAUAUAUAUUUG